AUAGUGAAAAUACCGCGUCAGCGACCAGUGUUGACCGGAUACUCGUGGCGAACGGACGUGUUAUACAAACAAUAUAAAUAAAAACAUUUAAAUAAAUUUAAAAUAAAUUACAGACUUUACUUUUUAAAUCGACGUUCCAUUUUUAAAUAAAAAGUUGCGUUUAUGAAGUUUGAUUUGACUCUGAAGUGCGUGAUAAGUGACAUUUCGUUUUUAAUUGUGCCAAUUUUCUUAUUUUGAAAACCAAUUCAGCAAUGGCAGCAGACAUCGCUCGUCCCGGGGAGAAGGAGGGAGGAGACAUCACAUACAUGGAUAUGGUGGACGAAACGGACGCAUUAGGAGAGUCGCAGAUACAAAAACUGUUUUCCGGGACAACCGUUCUUGUCACUGGAGGUACGGGGUUCCUGGGGAAGCUGCUAGUCGAGAAGCUUCUGAGAUCGUGUCCCGAUCUUAGGAAGCUGUACCUCCUGGCGCGACCUAAGAAGAAUAAGGACAUCGCGAAGAGACUUCAGGAGCAGUUUGACGAUGUGCUCUACGAUAAACUUAGAAAAGAAAACCCCAACUUUAUCCAAAAAAUCGGCAUCAUAGAAGGUGACGUGGGUCAGUUGAACCUUGGCAUCAAAGAGGAAGACAGGACGAGAAUCAUGGAAGAGGUGGAGGUAAUCUUCCACGGAGCAGCGACGGUGAGGUUUGACGAAGCACUUCGACUGGCUGUGGAGAUCAACGUGCGAGGAACCCGGGAGAUACUGUUAUUGGCCCGGGGAUGCUCCAAGCUGCGGGCUAUGGUGCAUAUCUCUACUGCUUACAGCAACUGUCCCAUGAAGAACAUCGAGGAGAAGUUCUACGACAGCCCCAUGCCGGGAGACAAGCUGAUUGACCUGGUGGAAACCAUGGACCAGAAGACGCUGAACAACAUCACUCCAGGACUCAUCGGUGAUUAUCCCAACACCUACGCGUACACCAAGGCGUGUGCUGAAGACAUCGUGCAGAAGUACUCUCAGGGUCUACCUGUGGCCAUGCUCAGACCUUCUAUAGUUAUUGCGACCGCCAAGGAGCCCGUAGCAGGGUGGAUAGACAACGUGUACGGACCUACGGGGGUGGUUGUAGGCGCAGCAGUGGGCCUCCUCCACGUGUUGAACUGCACCCCAUCAGCCGUUGCUGACCUGGUGCCAGGAGACAUGGUGGUCAACUCUGCUAUCGCUGCAGCUUGGAAGACUGCCAGCGAUUAUCCCAGCAACCAUGAGGAUGCGCCGCCUCAAGACCUGGCGCCUCCGAUCUAUAAUUACGUCUCUUCACAACAGCAACCUAUCACUUGGGAAAAGUUUAUGCAGUACAAUGAGACUUACGGGUUGGAGGUCCCGUCAGUGCAAGCCAUAUACUACUACCUGUUCACACUUACCCCCUCCAAGAUCAUGUACGCCUUGUACGGGUUCUUCCUACAUUGGAUCCCGGCGUACAUAGGCGAUGGCAUCGCUACGCUUAUUGGGAAGAAACCAAUGUUAAGAAAAGCAUACACAAAGAUCGACAAAUUCUCUAUCGUCAUAUCAUACUUCGCGCUACGGGAAUGGAACUUCUCAAACAGAAACGUUCAGAAACUAUUUAGCGAACUUUGCGACGCGGAUAAACACAUAUUUGACUUCGACAUCAGUGGGUUGAACUGGAGUGAUUAUUUCUACAGUUACGUUAGGGGUGUAAGAGUUUAUCUUUUAAAAGACCCUGUGGAUACCAUUCCCGACGGAAAGAAGAAGCAUUAUAGAUUAAAAACCAUGCAUUAUAUCUUGUCCGCCAUUUUGAUUAUGAUUGUUCUGAAGUUGGUGUGGAGUUUAUUCGCACUAAUUUUUAGGUUUUGAAUAGUUGUCUUUUAAGUUAGGUAUUAGUAUAUUCAGUGUUAUUACAAAACAAGGAUUAAAAUAUAAACUAGGUUUAAAAUAUUGUCCAGAUAACCCAUAAAUAGAAUAGGCUAGUUUUCAACUAGUCAAAUCAGUUACUUUUUACAAAACGUCAAAACACGAAAUCACUAUGGAAUUUGUAUGAAAAAGUACCCUGUGACGUCAUAGAAAAACAUUACAAAAUGUCGCACUUAUUAUUAAAUUUUUAUUUAUUCAAAUUCAUAAAUAAGUUAAAUAUAAAAAAGAAAACGUGUCUUGUCACUUUUAGAUCUGUCUAUAUUUAGUAACCAGAAUUAUAAUUUAUCUUUUAUUUAUCUUUUCUCUUUGUUUCUUUCUUUUUUCUUUCUUCUGGAAAUUACCAAUUCCAUAGACUUCUUGUGUGGCACGGAUUAUCAUUUUAAAUCUAGUUUGGUAUAAAAAG